UUGGAAGAAAGAUGCCUUUGAUUUUUGAAGUACUACUUCAGGCUACAACAGGACUUUUAACAGCUUUUGUACCUUGGUUUUGGGCAUUCAUGAUUCUUAGGUUUUUAGCAGCAGCUGCUACUGGAGGAACAAUGAUUACUAGUUUCGUUUUGAUAAUGGAAAUUGUUGUCGUCACUCCCUCCGAACCAAUUUGGAUCCACUCACUAUUUGUAUUAACUGGAAUUUCUGGAACAUUCCUUGGGUUUCCAACAAUAUAUAUUUGGUCUGGAGAACUAUUUCCGACGUCAAUUCGAAAUAGCGGCAUGGGUAUAUGUUCCAUGUCAGGAAGAGUAGGGUCGAUGAUAGCACCAUUCGUAGCUGAUAUACAGUCCGGAAAAGGCUGGAUGUCCCCUUUUAUUUUCGGUGUAGUACCGUUAAUUGGAGCUGCUCUUUGUUAUUUUCUGCCAGAAACCCUAAAUUGUCAAUUGCCGAAAAGUAUCGAAGACGUGGAAAAUUUGGAAAUGGCCAGGAAGAAGGCAAGAAGGUGAUAAGAAUGUGUUCCACUGAUUAAUGAUCAAACUUUAAAGAUUCUCGAGACUACGUAGUUUUAUAUAUGUUACACAAUGUAUUUUUGUAAAUAUAAAUUAUAUUUUUUAUACCUGC